AUGACCGAUGCCUUCAACGAACCCUCCGGCUUCCGUGAAGCUACUGGCUACCGCCUCAGUGAGGCUACUGUCUUCCGCGAAGACGCUGGCUCACGUCACCCCAAGGCCUUAGAAUCCGCAAGAGAACUGACCGUCUCCGUGAAGCUACUGGCUACCGUCUCCGUGAAGCUACUGGCUUCCGCGAAGCCACUGGCUCUUCGUCACCCCAAGGCCUUAGGUGAAGCUUCCGUCACUGCCUCGUACGACGUCCGUAGACUCCAACCCUCUGAAGACCCUCUAACCAUACAACAGAAACUCAGAAGCCCAAGCAGCACCGUUCGAAGUCAACACAGGACUGGGAGGUCGCUGGGACCCGUGCUCACACUGGAGUUCAAUCGCACGUGCUUGCUCUUCUGUGACGGAGAGAACAUCACAGAUGCCAUCAGCCGACCGCCAAACUUUACACAGUGUCCCGCCUCGGUGACCCUGUAUCCAGAACGAGGCAGCACGGAAGUGACGUAUACGUGGACAGAGCCAAUUGCAAUCGACUGGGAUGGAAAUUUAACAGUGGUGCAGAAGAUAUUUGGUGCAAACUCUACCUCCUCGUUCGAGAGUUAUGUGUCUCCAGGCACGCGUCACAUGAUCUCCUACCUAGCAACCGACCUUGACAACAAGAACUGGACGUGCGCAUUUACGAUCACCGCUGAAAUCCCAACGUGUCCUCCCAUCGUUCAUCUUGAAAACGGCUUCCUCAACUGCACAGACGACAAUCUCCGGGCGAGUGUGUGCGAAUUUUCCUGUUACCAUGGUUACCAGCUCAACGCUACCAGUACAGUGGAGUGUCAAGACAACGGGACAUGGUCGGGCCAGGGCGUGCCGCAGUGCUUACCGGUGGUUUGUGAUGGCAACAUAAAUUCCACUCUGACCGAUAGCAGACUCAAUGUUGUUUGCGAGAAAACCGUCACGGGAGUGUUCGGUGACGUCUGCUGGCUAACGUGUCAUGACAACUUCCGAUUGCGCAAUGACCUGCUUGGAGCGCAUAUCCUUUACACUCUAAACAACUCAUUGACACUCGCUGAACAGGCGUACGAGAAUGCUAGUAUUGAAGCAGAACGGUCACGUAACGACACGUUGGAGGCCAAUAUGAAUUCAACGUUGCUGGCUAGUCUAUUAGAAGCAGUGAAAAAUACGACAAAAUCUUUAGAAAUUGAAUUUCAAAAUGUUACGCAAAUGGUUAACGCAGCCUCGGCUCAGUUAAGUCAACUAGUGCAACAGUUCAAUAAAACACGCGCAGAUCUAGACUUGACAGACAAUCACACUGAAAUAAACGAUUUGAAAAACAAUAUAUCAGAUCUAGAAAGACGACUCGAUGAGAAGAAUAUUACUCUGAACAAUUUGUUGUUUGAGAUGACAACCACGGAACACGAGCUGAAUGAAACUAGAAUGAAAGAAUCCGUAGCGAGUGAGAAAGCAUUUAAGGCAAAGGAAAUUGCGCGUGUAAAGGAAUUAGCUGCCAUGGCCGCCAAAAGUACACUGGUAGUGGCAGCGAGUGAGCUAGACGCUGCAAGGGAGGCUUACGAGAACGCUAGCGUGUACGUGACCAGUGGACUUAGGACGGUGGCCACGGACGUCACGUGUAACAGCUCGGGCGUCUGGCAAGUACAGGGGCAGCCCUACUGCGAGGACGUGACAGCACCGUCUUUAAAAUGUGUCCCAGUGUAUACAUUUUAUCUGGAUCCAAACCAGACUGUCGGUAUUGUCACGUGGCCGGAACCGGAAGUGGACGACAACAGCAACAGCGCCACUGUGCGUCACGUAUCUGGUCCGUCCCCGGGGGAGAUUCUGACCAGCGGACGACACGUGGUCAAGUACGAGGCGGUCGAUAAUGUCAACAAUACGUCUCCUGUAUGCACUGUUGUCAUAAAUGUCAAAGAGGUUGUGUGUGAAGACCUGGGACAGGUUAUUGGUCAGAGCACUAUUUCAUACACGUGCGAUUCUUUCGAACUCGGUACCACGUGCUCGUUGGCAUGUGAUUCUCGUGACGUCAUCGAUGGACCUGAUCACGUCACGUGUAUGUUGGAUUUCGAGACUGGAUUUCCGUUUUGGAAUUGGGAAAAUACCACUUGCUUAAGCGAGAAUUGUUCACAACCCGCCGCCCCGAUCCAUGGUUAUAUCAGCUGUUUCUACGAGGACAUUCUCGUCACUAACGUCACGGACGGCAACGUAACCGCCGGAAACGUCACGAGCAACAGGACAGAAGAAACAUUCGUUUGCGAGUUCUCGUGCGCGGAAGGUUACAUGCUACCAUAUGCCACCCUGAAUCGGUACACGUGCUCAGGAAAUGACGUCUGGAACUCUGAAUUCUUUCCAGCAACAUGUAUAGAAACCGGGGCAGAGCUGUCGACCCAGCACUCCUUCCUGCUGACGUACGACAUUACAUCAUGUGACCUGGAUGAAAUACACGAGCUUGCAACUGAUUGGAAAAAUGUUGUAAGCGAAGAGUUACCAUCAUUUUCUGAUUGCAUGUCGGGAUUUCUGUGUGAUAUGGGUGACGUCAGUUACCAGUGCAACGCGGACAACACGUCCGUUACGGUGACGUUCAGUGUCCACGUCAGCUGCGAGGAAGUGUUCGCCACAGCAUUGCCUUUGGAAGCCACGUGUGACCUCACUGAAAACAAAAUGGCGUCAUUGCUUACGUCACAGGAGGGCAGUAGCAGCAUUCGAUUGUUCAUAAAAAACCGUCUUCCUGCUGCUGCCGAUUUGUUUGCUGAUAACGUGACCGUACCCGAGUGCCCAGGAAGUGUCCUCAUUGGAGCAUACUGCGCACGGUGUCCGGCAGGUAGUUUCUACGCGCGGUCUCUGGACCGCUGCAUUCUUUGCCCAGUGGGCUCCUACACGGAAACUCCCGGGCGGGACUUCUGCACGAGCUGCCCCCAGGAUCAGGCCACGUUGCAGGCCGGAAGUGUGCAGCCACACGAGUGCAGAGACAUCUGUCGGGCUGGAAGCUACUCUUACACGACCGUGGCCCCGUGUUCUCCGUGCCCGACGGGCACCUACCAGGGUCACGUGGCCAGUGUCGCGUGCUCACCCUGCCCCGCCGGCACGUGGACACAGAGUGAAGGAAGCACGAGCUUGGCAGACUGCAUUGCAUAUGACCUCUAUUUUGACGAUGACGUCGCAGACAUUCUGCUGACGUCAGUUGGGCAAGAGUUUAGCGUCGUGCUAUGGACUUCAAGCAUUGCGGUGACGUCAUUGACGUUGGGUGUGUUUGGUGACUCCGGCGAGCCCUUGUUCAUACUGAGAGCGCGCUCCAACUCCUCCAACCUGUACUUCGAUAGCUGGGACAGCGAGCCAGUCAACCUUGAUCUUGUAUCAGACAUGUGGACGAUGCUCGGAGUCACGUGGUCUGCAGAGUCACGUGACGUGCACUUGUACCAGGACGUAAAGCACGUGUACAGUAUACAGAUACAGGCGUCGGAACCUGCCACCCAGCUGAGGAUAUCCGCCGGGAACCAGACGUUCGUGUCUGGUUUGAGCAUCAGUAACAGAACGGCAAACAGCGCCAUACUAUCGAGUGUAUACAGCACGUGCGGAACGUCACUUCCGGCGGAAGUGAUCUCGCUGGACCACGUAGCUGCACAGAGACUGCCCCACGUGAAUGUCGCGGCGUCGUCAUGCCAGGGUACGCAAGUAGUCACGUUCCAUUAAGCUGUAAUAUUGACAAUUGUUGAAACCCAGACUAAGCGAUACCGGUAUAUUCCAAUUAGA